UUGACUUUGCUGACGAUCCAGAAGGAUCCCCGCUCUUCAAAACUGCGGAGACUCUGCUGGAAACUGUAUUCCUCUCAUCUUCAACAUGGAAUACAACUUUUUUUUUUUAAGCCUGUAUCUCGUUGUUGACUUUGUCUUGCGCAUACAUUUGAUGCUACUUUAGUUUUGUUGGAUUGUAGGAUCUUAACUGACCUGCGCAGCAAACUUUUUCCCUGCUGGAGAGUCAUCUUUGUGUCUCUGACAUGCCGCUCAGCUGCUUUGUUGCUGUGUUCAUUUUAUACUUCACAGCCCUCUCUGGCACCACAGUAUACAAUGACUUUGAAGAGGAAUACCACACUCCUCAACUAGACUACAAAGACCCACACUGGUGUCAUUCUCCUGGCCUGACCAAUGGGGAGGUGACCUGUCACUCACCUCGAGGCGGGGCCUACAGGAGCACGUUGGGCACCCGCUGUGAGAUGAGUUGCGAUCGAGGAUACCGAUUGCUGGGCAGGAGCUCAAUCCAGUGCCUCGCCAACCGACGCUGGUCCGGGACGGCUUUCUGUCGCCAGAUGCGUUGCCAUGUCCUGAAUCUCAUCCCACACGGCAGAUACACAUGUACUCAUGGCCUAGUGGUGGACUCCAGGUGUGACUUCACCUGUGACCCAGGCUAUCGCAUCGAGGGGGAACACUCACGCACAUGUCAGCAUGGGGGGUCAUGGAGCGGAGUGCCGCCACUUUGUGCAGACACUGAUCCUCCAAAGAUCAAGUGUCCCCCAUCCAGACUCAAGGUCGCAGAGCCUGGAAAACUAACCGCUGUGGUGACCUGGGACCCGCCUGCUGCGACUGACACUGCAGAUAAAUCCCUCGAUGUAAUAUUAGUAGGCCAGGAGCCAGGCACUGACUUUAAGGAGGGAGCAAACAUCAUUCGUUACAAAGUGUACGAUCAAGCCAGGAACAGAGCUGCAUGCAAGUUUAUUGUACGUGUUGAAGUGAGAAGAUGUCCAGUUUUGCCUCCACCUAUGCACGGCUACCUCAGCUGCUCCUCUGAUGGAAAUAACUACGGUGCAACGUGUGCAUAUCACUGUGACGGAGGAUACGAGCUGAGUGGGAAAUCAAGUCGAGUCUGUCAGUUCAACCGCAACUGGGACGGAGCCCCUGCUGAGUGUGUUCCGAUGGAGAUCAAAUCAGACGUGAAGACGGUCUCUGCUCUUCUGGAUCAGUUUCAUGAAAAGAGGAGGUUGCUGAUUAUGUCUGCGCCCAACAUAUCAGACACAGACUACCAGCUGCAGAACCUCAUGAUACAAAAAGCAGAUUGUGGAUUGGACCUGCGACAUGUAACUGUGAUCGAGCUCCUGGGCUCCCCGCCGCGCGAGACAGGACGUAUUAAAGAAAAUAUGCUCAGCCCUGAAGUCAUCGAGGGUUUGAGACAAAUAUUCAGAAUCUCCAGAACUUACUUCAGCAUGGUCCUGCUGGACGAGCUCGGACUGGACCGAGAACGCUUCAUUGCCCCGCUGGGGUCAGACGAGCUGUUCUCUUACAUCGACAGCUUCGUGAUGGACGAAGAGGAGAGGGAGAGGCUGGAGCUCCACAGAGACUUCUGUGACGAACAUUAAAUUACUGACUCUGGUUCCCACGGUGAUAAACACAUCAGCAUUACUAACACGAGAUGAGAAAGGCCAAACGAGCAGACACCAGAGGUCCACAGGGACAUCAGGAGGUUGAAAGAGGACAGAGGGAACUGGGUUUGUUUAAAUGUGAUCACUAUACUACACUGAAGUACUAGCACUGUUUACUAUGUAUCAAAUAAUCAGCUGGAAGUCACAGGGACCAGAGAACAGUGACAGAUAAUAAAGCAGAAACACUUUGUAAAAAACGAUUAAGAGCUUUAGAUACCAGAUGAAAGGAGCCUCAGUGUUAUUCAAAUGUUAAAGAGUUGAGACAUUCAAGCAUGUUUUUAAUUUGUCUGGUUUUAUUGAGUGUACAUUUAUAUCCGCAAAAAGACACAUUUUAUAAUAAAAAGUAAAACUUGUAUAAAUA